GCGUCGAGGCGGAGGUGUUCUGGAGAUUCCGGGCAGGAACUAGAGUCGUCGUGUUCUACCAGGAUGACACUGUAUGGCACGAGCGCUACAUUCUGGCCCCAGGGCACCGCGCUGAGACAUACUGGAUCGUGACCCCGGACGACGACGUCUAUGAGGAGGACCUUCAGGGCAGAUCGCCUGACGGGCCAUCCCGUGUGCGGGAGGUGCCCCCGGGGAUACGUACUCUUCCUAAUCUGAGGACCUCGGUGUACCGCUUCCGGGAGGCCAUGACUGACGCGAACCUGAAGGCCAAGGUCAAAGUUGCACUGCGUGAACAUGAGGAGACCUAUGGAUCGAUUGCGUCACUGGCCGACUUCGAGGUUGACCUCCCCAGCGGUGGUACCGUUGGAAAGACACACCGGGGCACUCGUGGCUUGCAGCCGAGCCCCGGGGAGAGAUCAGACUUGGAGAUGUCUUGGUGCCUCAGGCUGGGACAGACAUCGAGCUCGGAGCCACAGAUGGCGCAUUCCUGCGAGACGGCGGCUGGCUUCGGGGUGAGCUUGUCCCAGACAAUCCGGGAUGCCUGGAUCCAAGAGCGCAUCAUUUCCUUGACCAGUGUCGGACCUUUGCCAACUGCUCCCGCGGACAUCCUGGGGAUCCCGGCCGACACCACUGCGAUUGAGGCCGAUGACCAGGGCGCGAUCCUUGACAAGGAGAAGGGCAAGGAGGAAGGCCAGACAGGCGGGGAUAAUGAUGCUCGAACACUCUGGGUUGAAUAUGAUGAGCAGGGUGAGCGUCACCGAGAGUGGCGAAAGGUUGUAGCUGACUGUGUUGUCCACUCCUGGAAAGAUUGGCCGCACGAGGGGCCGCCAUCUUUGCAGUUCGCCCUCAAGCAGUUCGGGAAGAUCGGGGGAGACCCCAGGCUAUGGUUUCAACUGUGGCUUCGUCGCCACCACCUGGCCGAGACUGACCGAACAGCCCACGAAGUCCGCACUCUCAUCGAGGCCCUCUAUUUGGGGGGCGUAUAUGAUCAGCUGAACCUCCCAGCUCUCGCUGCCUUCGAGGCGAUUGGGAGGAGACUCCAGACUAUUACCGAGGCUUAUGCAGCUUCCCCGGGCAACGCGCCCGAAUGGCAUCAUGCCCGCCUCUUCACUGGCGUCUCUUCUCCAGACGAGAUCGUUCCUCAAGAACUUCGUGCCUGGGCGGCAAAGCGAGGGAAGGAUGAAGUUGAGCUGAUACAGGCUAGGAGCAAGAUCAAGGAGGUGCGGAAGCUUCUCGCCAGUGGGGAGUCUACAGGUUCCGCUGCCGAAGAUGCACUACCUGGGCCUCCGGGUGGCAAAGGGGGCAACAGAGGCGGGCGUCCCAGGAAGACCCUGGAGCCAGGCAUCAUGAAGACUACGGAUGGGCCAUCUCCUGGGGGCCGGGGGAUGGGCCCGGAUGCGCGGCCCCGUGGGGGAAUCUUCCCCCUUCCUCUUUUGCAAGUUGAGGCCAGGCGGCUUGGGCUCUCCCGAAGGUGCGCUCAGCGGCAAGGCCGUCGAAUUAAUCACAUUCGGGACGCCAACGAGGCAAUCGAAGCCCUCAAUUGGAUGGCUGGGGCCUCUGUGGUUGGCGACGUUUUUCGACCUUCAUGCCGACAACAGGAAGUUUUAGACCGGGUGGAGGCCGCGUGCAAGGAUGCUCUCUCUUUGCCAGAGGGAGUGACUGCUCCCAUUCCUCAGGAGGCAGCCUUUCAAGAGCUGCUCCGCGGCGCCUCGGUUUACGAGGCCGCCGGUACAACCUUGGCACCCUUCAAGCUUGAGCGUGUGUCCCUGCCAGAUUCAGUGCACGACUGUCCUCAAGUCGCUGAUCUGUUGCCGGGACACGCCCGUCAAUAUCUGGAGGUUCCUGAGCGCAUGAUGAGACAGGACAUUGAAAGUGUUUGUGAUGUUGAACCAUAUUGGGAUCCAGCGCUGCGCUCUAGCACUAAACAGUACAAGGGACUCAUUGAGAAGCUUCACUCCAUCGGCUACCUGAACUACACUCUCCGCCCACGGGCUAGGGCUGGGAUGUUUUUUGUCAAGAAAUCCGAUGGUGUAAGGCAAAGGCUCAUCAUUGAUGCCAGGAGGGCAAAUGCGCUUCUAGCUCAGCCACCACCGGUGCGGCUCCGCACUCCGGAGGCUUUCGCUCGAUUCGAGUUCAACUACAGCUCGGACGACCUUCGCCAGGCCAUGCCGGGGAUCGUUGGGCUCUCUUCGUGGGCUUGUCCGACAUCAAAGAUGCAUUUCACCGCUUGCGACAGCCCCGGUGGAUGCAGGAGCUGUUCUGUCUGGAUCCGAUAUCGGCGCACUGGGUUGGACUGCAAGGUCAGGAGCUCGAUGGCAUUACCCUUGCGGCAGACCAGCUAA